AUGCAAACAGGAUCCAAGGAUGGAGAAGUAAAACUAUUCAGGAUUCUACCAAAGAGGAAUCUUUGCAAACAAAACAACUUCCCAAUGAUGAAAACACUCGUUUGGAAUUUCAGAGCUGUCAAUACUCAUAAGGCUUUUCACAAAGUUCAGAUGUUGCAUAAACACCGUAAGUUUGUCCUGAUAUCUUUGUUAGAGCCUUUCCAACAAUCCAGACAUAUAGACAGAUAUAAGAGAAGAUUAGGUAUGAACCUGGCUAAUCACAACUGCAAUGGAAAGAUUUGGUUUUUUGUUACUGAUGGUAUUGAAGUGGAUGUUCUAAUGGACACUGAUCAACAAGUGACUAUUAAGAUGUUGUUUCAGGAUAGUGGCAAGUGUAUGAUUUUAAAUAUAGUAUAUGCAAAGUGUGAUGCCGGUGAAAGAAUGGUGAUGUGGGAUAAUACUUAUCAAUUGGCAAGCUUUAUGGACUUGCCUUGGAUGGUAGGGGGAGAUUUUAAUGUCAUUAUGCAUGAGGAAGAAAAGAUAGGAGGUUUACUAGUAUAUCCAGCAGAAUAUGAAGAUUUUGCCUUUUGCAUGAACUCUUGUGAAUUAUCAGAGGUAGAGUUUAAAGGCAGUCCUUUUACUUGGUGGAAUGGAAGGGCUGGUCAUGAUUGCAUUUUCAAGAGAUUGGAUAGGAUUCUGGUCAAUUAG